UCUAGCAUCUGAACAGUUUUCACUAUUUUUAACAGACCAAUUGUUCAUUAUUAUCGUAUAUGAUGCAUCCGCGUCUGAUGGGAAGUCCUCUGACAGUGUGACCAAGAGGAAAGUGACAAAAAGGAUACCCUCAAUCACACUGACCAUCAAGAAAUGGGAAAAGCUAUUUCUCAAUCUUGUCCUGAGAUCUGAGUUUCUCCUCCUCCUAGUGACACGAUCCCAGUCAUUAAAAAGAUUGAAUUUCUUUUUUCUAACCAACAAAAUCCUACAUUUUCUCUCCCACCUUCUCAGUUCAGUUUGUUACUUUCUGUCCAGAGGUCAGUCUGGCCGGCACAACUAUUCCAGCUAAGGGGGAGGAGGACUUCCUCACGCUGGCUACUUCACGGCUCAGCCGCAAGAAACGUGUCAUCGGGGCUGGAGUUGGCGUGGCCAUGGUCCUGGUCCUGCUGGUGGCCAUUCCCCUAUUGGUCCACACCACCAAGGGGGGAGGGUCUGGAGGUGGGGGCACGCAUUAUGAGAUGCUCGGAAGCUGUAAGAUGGUGUGUGACACUUUCACCCCUCCGCAGGGAGAGCUGACAGCCGUCUCCCCUCAACCCCCAGACUUUCCACACCGCAAGGGCAAGCAGGGGUUCAGAGGGAGCCCUGGUCUUCCUGGUCCUCCAGGUCCUAAAGGCCCCCCUGGAGAGCCUGGUAAGCCCGGCCCACCUGGUCCACCAGGGCCCGGGCCUGGUGGCUACGGCUCCUCUUUCUACACUCCUAAAAUUGCAUUCUACGCCGGCCUCCGGAAACAACAUGAAGGGAGUGAAAUACUCAAGUUUGACGAUGUGGUAACCAAUGUAGGGAACUACUACGAGCCAAGCACAGGCAAGUUCACCUGUCCUUUGCCUGGUAUCUACUUCUUCACCUACCACGUCCUGAUGAGAGGGGGUGAUGGGACGAGCAUGUGGGCAGACCUAAAGAAGAAUGGACAGGUAAGGGCCAGCGCAAUCGCUCAAGAUGCAGAUCAGAACUACGACUACGCCUCAAACAGCGUCAUCCUGCAUCUGGACGUGGGGGACGAGGUGUGCGUACAGCUGGACGGGGGCAAAGUUCACGGGGGAAACACCAACAAAUACAGCACCUUCUCUGGCUUUCUCAUCUAUCCCGACUGACAGUAUCCUCCCAUUCCUCUGCUCCAUCUCUGUAAUCAAGAAAAGCAUUUCCUCUCUUUUCUUCAUCUAACACACUCUUAUCCCGUUCAUCUUUUAUUUCAUUGCUGUUCAGCACACUUAACGUGUAGCAACCUGACCACCUAAUGGACAGAGUUCGAGGAAAAUGUGUGUAAAAAUGAACACGAUGUUGUAAAUAUUCCCAGAUGACAUUGACUUCUGAUGCACACGAUGUGUGAUCACGAUUCAGUGCCAUGGUCAAUAUGUGUAAGCAUGGCUAAA